CCAUUUUGCCCUAAACCCCCGCGCCUUCUCUCUCUCUCAUUCUCCUCCUCCUCCUCCUCCUCCCAUGGUGGAUCCUGAAUGCAGAAACCCUGACGGAGCCCUAAGUCCGAGGCAGAAGGUCUGCCGGGCGGGCAACGCCUCGUGUUCCGCCCGCUCUUUUCCGCCGACGGUAGACUGCGAUGUCUGUUGUGCCGAGCCGUCCUUCUGUCGUGAUUGUUGUUGCAUUCUCUGCGGGUCUCCUGUAGAUUUCUCGCUCGGCAGCUCCUGUUUCAUCCGGUGCGAAGCGCGGUCGCUAGGCGGUGGUGCCGCCGGACCGGUGUGUGGUCACGUAUCGCACGUCCGCUGCACAAUCGCCUCGCGCCUUGGAGGCUCCGUGGAGUCCGUCGGCGUUGACGUCGGAUACUACUGCAGGCGUUGUGAUCAGAGGACCGAUCUUGUCGCGCACGUCUAUAACAUGCUCCGUUCGUGUCAGGUUUCUGGAUCGAGCGAUGGCGUUGAAGAGUGUCUUGGUUUGUGCUUGGGCCUCCUCCAAGGGGCCAAGUGGUUUGGUGCUAUGGCUUGGGCUGCUGGCAUCCAGUCGGCUUUGAGGAAGCUCAAAGAAGGGAGGCCACUUAUUGAAGUUUGGGACCUGGAAGACAGAUGCAGAACACCUAUAGCAGUAGAAAACACUCAACUUGACAGCCAAGAACAGAAGGCGGAACUUCAAAAGAGCUUUUCAACUUAUGAAGAAUCAGAAGGUAAAGUGAAGCCUGAUGCUGAGGAGAGCUGUGCGUCACCUAAGAAGCCAAAGAGGAAGAUUCAACAUGUACUUGAAAAGAAGCGCAUUAAAACUCGACAUGGUUCCCGUAACAGAUAUUUGGUACAGAUGCAGGAUCCACCUGGAUCAGACAGCACACGGAUUUCGGAAGCUAAAUUGAAGAAAAUUAAAGCAGACGUUUCAAAUGACCAAAUACACUGAUUCCUUGGGUGCAAGAUUGGUUCCAUAUAAAUACGCCAUGGGAAUACAUUUUCAGUAAUGAGUGCUUCUUAUUGUCAUCUAUAUUGGUGUCCUGUUUUAUUCAGGUCAGUUUCAGACACUCAACAGACUAUUCCUUUGGGCGCCAUAUAUCAUGUGAAGAUGAUGCUGGUUCCGCCCUUGAGGCCAGCCUUCUCUUUUGUUGUUUCUUGAAUCUUGGAAUUCUGGCAGCCUGAUUGAAUCCUGUACACCUCGGAAAACUCUUGGAAAGAAAAUCAAGUUACUUCCUCAAAGGAAAGAAAAAAAAAACCUCAAUUUUGCCAUAAUGAAACCACAAUUACCAAGUUGUACCUAUUUUGCUACAUUAGUUUUCUUCGACAAGCAAACCAUACAGGGGAGUCUGAUCGGGUAUUCUUCAACAGAUUUUACCAAUUGUUUACUACAGUGAAAGUACACGUAGGAGUAUAUUUGGAUACAAUCACUUUUAGCUUCUUAAUUAGGUCUGAUUUUCUCGUCCUGUGAAAAUUGGAAUUUGGCAUGUAGAUUUUGGAACGGAUGAGAAACUGAUUUGUCCCUUUUCCUUCUCCCUUUUCUCUUUUUGAAGCAAUUUUUUUCCUUUGUAUAGAACCAUGGGAAAAAAAUGUGUAUGCAAGUUGGUUUCUUUCA